AUGACUGUCAGAUCUAACACUGAAACUGAUAACACGUCCACUGUUCCGAGCGAAGCGGACAACAGACGAGAGAGUCUCGAAACCAACCCGUCCUACCAAGAGAUAUUCCUGAAGGCCGUGCGGAACGGAGACACCGGAGAACUCCAGAGCAUCUUGCAGCGCUGGGAAGGAUCGGUGAACGUGAACUUUUACGACCAAACUGGCCAAACGGCUCUCCACCAGAGCUGUAUGAACGGUAAUCUAGAGCUGGUGAAGCUUUUGGUGAAAUUCGGUGCUGACGCCAGGCUGGCGAAUAGAGACGGCUGGAGUGCUCUACACAUAGCGGCGUACGGGGGACACAGGGACAUAGCACUUUACCUUAUAGCCAACACCCACAG